AUAUCAAGAACAGAUCGAAGUGGUGGAGGUAACUAGUAAAUCUCUUGUUUCCUCCCUGCCAUUUUUCUUCUUAGUCUCUUCUUCUUCAUCUCAAGUAAACAUCAAUUGCAGCACCAAAUCCAUUAAGGAAGACUUUUAACAUGGCAGAAGGGAGAGAGUUCGAUUUUUCUCCACUUAUGCAACUCAUUGCUGCGAAAAAUGUCAAGAAACAAAUCCCAGCUGAACCACAUUGGGUCUUUUGUUAUUCCAAUCUUCAGAAAGAUUCUCCCAUGAUCGACUUUGCAGUUCACCUAUGCUUGAGCCCCGAGCUUCGUGACACUUUCUGUGUUUCUCAUCUAGUUCUCAGGGCGCUUGAUACAGUUGAGGAUGACAUGAACAUAGCUUCUGAUAUUAAGGUGGCUAUUCUUGAAAAUUUUCAUCAUCACAUAUAUGAUAGUAAUCUUAACCUGUCAUGUGGUACAAAGAAGCACCACAAAGAUCUGAUGGACCAAUAUCAUCACGUUUCAACCGCAUUGUCGGAGCUUCAAGAAGGCUGUCAGGAGUUAAUUGUAGAAACAGCAAAAAGAAUGGGAGCUGGAAUGGCGAAAUUUAUACUUAAAGAAGUAGAAACAGUUGAUGAUUACACCGAGUACUGUCACAUUGUAAAUGGCAUUGUUUGGGUAGAAAUGUCAAAAUAUUUUCAUGCAUCCAAUUUGAAGGAAGUGGCGCCCCCAGAUUGUCUCGCCGAUUCCUUGGGUUUAAUGACUCAGAAGCAACAUAUUAUUCAAGACUUUAUGGAGGAUAUGAAUAAGAUACCGAAAGCACCCAUGCACUGGCCUCGGCAAAUUUGGAGUAAAUAUGUAGAUAAACUUGGGGACUUGGCAUCUGAAGAAAACUCGGAAAAAGCUGUAUUUUGCUUGAAUGAUAUGGUUACUGAUGCCUUAUCGCAUGCCCAGAGUUGUUUAGAGUACCUGUCUGCAUUGCAGGAUCCUGCCAUUCUCCGAUUCUGUGCUAUUCCUCAGAUCAUUUCCAUCGGAACGUUGGCUUUGUGUUACAACAACAUUGAAGUUUUCAGAGGAGGCGUGAAAAUAAGGCAUGUCAUCCGUCUUUGUGCAAAGGUUAUCGACGAACUGAAAUCUAUGUCUGAUGUUUAUGGUGCUUGCUAUGAUAUUUUGAGUACGCUAAAAACUAAGAUCGAUAAUAAUGAUCCAAAUGCAACAAAGACACUUAGCCUGGUAGAAGCAAUACAAAAUGUCUGCGAGAAUUCUGGUUUAUUGAAUCAAAGAGGUGCAUACUCAGAAAUGGGGUUAGAGGGAAAGAGAGAUCAAACUCAGCAGGGUAGGAGAUUUUUGGUUGAGGGACAAGUAGACCCAUUUUCUCUAGUUGCUGAUGAACUCUGUCUUAUUGGUAAUCGUUUAAGGGAUAUGGUGGUUGCUCAUGAGGUCCCUCGGCUUUCCUUAGCUGCAGAAUAUUUCUUUGAGAUGGGAGUAGAGGGAAAGAGGUUCCGUCCCACAAUUCUGUUGUUGAUGGCAUCAGCACUGAAUGUGUCACUACCUGGGUCCAUUCCUGAUGCUGCGACCAAUGCUUUUAGUGGCCUACGUACAAGACAGCAGCGUCUUGCGGAGAUCACCGAGAUGAUCCAUGUUGCAAGUCUUCUUCACGAUGAUGUCCUAGACGAUGCCAAUACAAGGCGUGGUGUUCCUUCCCUUAAUUCUUGUAUGGGGAAUAAGCUGUCUGUGCUAGCAGGAGAUUUUUUGCUUUCCAGAGCUGUUGUGACAUUAGCCUCUUUACAAAACAAUGAGGUUGUUACCUUGCUCUCAACGGUUCUGGAACAUCUUGUAACUGGUGAAAUAAUGCAAAUGUCCGGUACAUCAGAACAGCGCUGCAGCAUGGAUCAGUAUAUGAAGAAGACUUUCUACAAGACAGCAUCACUGAUUGCAAACAGCUGCAAAGCAAUCGCUUUUCUGGCGGACCAGGAAACUGAAGUUGCAAUGUUGGCUUAUGAUUACGGCCGAAACCUGGGGUUAGCAUUUCAGUUGAUUGAUGACAUUCUUGAUUUCACAGGGACAUCAGCUUCUCUUGGAAAGGGUUCCCUGUCUGACAUCCGUCACGGGAUUAUAACUGCUCCGAUAUUAUUUGCUAUUGAAGAAUUUCCACAACUACAAGAAGUCAUCAAUCGCGGCUUCGACAACCCUGCAAAUGUUGAUCUUGCCCUUGAUUACCUUGGGAGAAGUUGUGGAAUACAAAGAGCUACAGAGCUAGCAACAGAGCACGCCAACUUGGCAGCCUCGGCCAUUGACGCUCUUCCUCAGAGUGAAGAUGAUAAUGUCAGAAUAUCCAGGCGGGCACUUGUGGAACUUACUCGGAUAGUCAUCACAAGAACAAAGUAGACGGGUAUCAUUUUCCUUUUAAACAUUGAUUUCUUGUACUCGUCUUAUUUUGAAGUGACGAUUUGUUUAUCAAUUUUUAGUAGGACGGGUUGCCAGAUGUUUGAUUUUCUAAGGAUUUUAGUGCAUGUAAUGAAAAUGCAUCCCUCGUCAGAAAUAAAAUUGAAGAUUUACUAAAA